GGCUGGUAUAAAAGGUGACAGUUUGAUACGGAGAACGCAUCAAUCCAGUGCAACAGCUCCAGAGCAACAGUUGUCCGUGUUGUCUCCCAUCUCUCACUCCCAUCCUCCAGUCGAAAGCAUGAAUCAGUUUGUGGUCUUGGCCUGCCUGGCGGUUAUCGGCGGUUCGCUGGCCGCUCCCCGUCCGGACGUGUCCCAUCUGGGCUACCGCUACCAGGCAGGUGGCUACAACGGCAACCUGCCCAGCUCUGUGGUGAGCACCCCCCUGGUUGUGGGCACCUCCUACCAGCCGACGGCCGCCGGCUCCAACUACUUCAGCUCGGCGCCCUCCAUUGGCCAGCUGAAUGCGGGCAGUGUUUCGACUGGUUUCGUUCCCUCCUCCUCCUCCUCCUCCGGCAUUGGCUACCAGGUCGGCGGAGCCGAGUCCUCCUCGGUGACAGUCGGUGACAGCAUCGGACUGCAGGGUCUCCAGCCCGGCCCCACCAUCAACUACAACGAGCAGGAGUCGUACAUCAGCCACCUGGCCAACUUCCAGCCUGCGCUGGUCAGCAAGCACUUCUACAUCCACUCCGCCCCCGAGGACCAUGACGAGCAGCAGAUCGUCCGCUACGUGAAUGUGGGCAGGCCCCAGAAGAACUACCGUGUGGUGUUCAUCAACGCCCCCACUUCGACCACCAGCAAGGCCAAGAUCAUUGCCAACGUCGCACCCGUCGAGGAGAAGACCGCCAUCUACGUGCUGUCCAAGAAAUCGAAUGCUCUGGAUGUCAGUGCCGAGGUGGUCACACAGCGUCCAGUGGCCAACAAGCCCGAGGUCUUCUUUGUCAAGUACAAGACGCCCCAGGAGGCGGCCCAUGCCCAGCAGACCAUUCAGGCCAACUAUGAUGCUUUGGGUGGCGCCUCUGAGACCAGCAACGAGGGCAUCAUCCCCGUCUCAUCGGUGAUUGGUAGCCUGGGCGACAAUGGUGCCUCCGGCGUGGUCACCGAUGCCAGCGGCAGCCUCAACAUUGUCGGCACUGGCGGCGUACCCAACGCGGAUGUCAACUACAACAAUGUGGGCUUCGAUGCCGAGGGCAGCCAGCGUCAGGUGAUCAGCACCAUCAACGGCUCCAAUGCCCAGGCCACCUAUCUGCCCGCGCGGCCAGUGCGCAAGUAGAUAUCCCCACCAUUCCAUCCAUCCACACACACACA